CGUCACCGCUGCUCUUACCGGGCAGACGCUCACCUGCUCGUCAGUGCGAACAAAGGCGGGUUGUUGGAGCUAUUGCUCUGCUCACGAGGACAGAACCUGCGUUAGGUUUUAGUACAAACUUCACCAUGGCGACAAAAACGAGCCCCCUCAUCUUCAGGGCGCUGAUGGAGAUGUCCGAAGCCUGCUCUGCAAAAGCCGUGCGGGGAAACGCAAAACGCGCGACUUUCAGACACUCGAGCACCUGUGGGGUCCUAGCAGCCAGGAGAGCCAGCCUGCCCCUGAGCCUCAGCACCCCCCUCAGCGCACAGAGCCGCAGCUUCAUCAGCCUGGCUGCUCCCAUCAGCAGCCGCAGGAUGGAAUACACCGAGUGCCAGACGUUGGAGUAUUCCCCAGAGCAGAUGUACAACGUGGUGGCCAGCGUGGACCAGUACCAGCACUUUGUCCCCUGGUGCAAGAAGUCCCGGGUCGUGAGGGGAGGUAGCGGCCGCGUUUGGGCUGAACUUGAAAUAGGUUUCCCCCCCAUCGUGGAGCACUACACCUCCGAGGUCACUUUGGUCCCAAACCACCAAGUCAGAGCUGUAUGUACUGAUGGAUCCCUCUUCAGCCACCUUGAAACAGUGUGGAGGUUUACCCCUGGACCCAAAGACCUGCCAGACACUUGCAUAGUGGAUUUCUAUGUGUCGUUUGAGUUCAAGUCCCUUUUGCACUCUCAGCUGGCCAGCGUCUUCUUCGAUGAAGUGGUGAAGCAGAUGGUCAGCGCCUUUGAGUCGAGGGCAGCAGCACUUUACAGAAGCCAGCAGGUGGCGCCGUCGAGGAGGCGUUCAACAUGAGUCCCUCUCCGUCCACUUUAACCAAAGCUCUGCCAGCCUGUCCUGCACUGGAGACUGGGUUUUCUCUUUGCACUUACUCAAAAUGUACAAAGAAGUAAAAAGUUGUUAAAACUAUUUAUUUUUAAAGCACAGAUUAAUUUAUUUGCUUUUUUGUACAUAAUGUAUUUAUAUUCAAGCCAAUCUGUUGUUGCAAUGUAUCAAGUGUUAUCUUUGUAUAAUAAAGGUGUAAUGGCUUCUA